AUGGCCUUCAACUUCAACUGGUCGCCGCUAACGGCCGACGCUCGUUUCUAUGAGCGCACCCGCGACCUCUUGACGACGGCCCUGAACAAGACGCCCAAGCCGCCCAUCAUCGUCGACGAUAUCAUCGUCACCGAGUUCAACCUCGGUUCGGUACCGCCGGAUUUAGAAAUUCUCGAGAUUGGCGACUUGGCUGAGGACCGUUUUCGGGGGAUUUUCAAGAUGUGCUACUCGGGCGAUGCCUUUUUGACGCUAAAAACGAGGGUGCAGGCAAAUCCGUUGAACACAUACCUUUCUGCCAAGCCUACCUUCACGUCGCCUCAGCCGUUGGCCGCCGCAUCAAGCCUCACCAUACCCCUUCAAAUCACGCUCUCCGAAAUCAAGCUCUCGGCUUUCAUCAUCCUCGUUUUCUCCAAGCAGAAGGGCCUCACUCUAGUAUUCCGAAAUGACCCUCUCGAAUCACUCAAAGUUUCUUCGACCUUCGACUCUAUCCAGUUCGUCCGCGACUACCUGCAACGGACCAUCGAGGCCAAGCUGCGCACCCUGAUGAUGGACGAGUUACCUGCGAUUAUUCAUCGCCUCUCACUUCAGUUAUGGUGCCCCGAUCAGGUUGCCAAUGCUGAGACUGAGCCCCGGGAAGGCGGUGAGGUUGGCGUUAACCCAUUAGCAACGCCUCCUUUGGAUCCUGUAGACGCUAAUGGCCGUCUGGUUGAUCCCUCUGCCAUCUCGGAGCUCUCACUAGAUGGGGGGCCUGAGGCUCAGUCAUUAUUCUCACAAAAGAACCUGCAGCGACUGUCUGACUUGAUGAAUGCUCAAGUCACCUCUGCAUUGUCUACUCCAUCUGUGUCUGAUGUUAUGUUCCGGGCAUGGGCUGGGUCAUCUGACAAGGUCGAUGCUUCUAUAACACCGCCAGUCUCAUCACCACAUCUUGUCAGGACCUCCUCUUACAGUGGAAAAACCCAUACCUACACUUUCUCGGACAGUGGCAGCCAGGACCAAGACGUUGCCUCAACACGGCCAUCUAUAGCCAGUCUGGCAUCCGCUACCGCUGGUCUUUCCCUCGGCUCGGGCCGGCACAACAAGCCUGGCCGGAAAAAGAAGACCCGCGUCGUCAACCUGCGCCGCAAGCCGGAGACAAAGAGUGAAGCAGGCUCCGAGGCCUCAGAAACAGCCUCAUUAACUGCGCCCUUGUCAGAGCCAGUCAUACCCCAUCCUACCCUUGAACCUCCCGAGGAGGAGCCCGCCGCUGCUGUGGCAUCCCGCAAUGUCCGCUUCAGGCGGCCGUCCGACGCUCGGAGACAAGACGCCACUGCCAUCAACGAGACCACUCUCCCGACCCGGCAACAGCACCCGCAAUCACCGACCAAACCUCAAACCACGCAACAGCAAGUUUCGACCCCUGUGCAAUCUAAAGAAGCCGAAGCCGCUGCCGAGGCUGCUGCCGCCAAAGCCGCGGAAGCUGCCUCCAAGAACAGCGCCAACAUUUCGCCCCUCCCGGAUUGGCGCAGGGCAAGCCCCUUCACGCCGUUCAACAGCCCUGUCAACGGCGUCAACUCCAGUGGCAGGCCGCUGUCUAUGUCCGAUACCUCUUCUGUGAUCCUCGAGCAAGCCUGGAUCAUGAAGAUGGCGGGCGAGAUUGCACGGCGCGUGUACGAUGAGAAAGCGCGCGGCGGGUUGCAUGGGCCGUCGUUCUGGGACGAUGAUGUCCCCCCGCCGGCGUAUGAUGAGUCGCGCUGA